AGUGCAGUCGUUCGUCCGACACGUUCGCUUCGUCGAUUUCAAUCGUUUGUCGUUCCGUGAAUUCUCUGUUAUUUUUUUCUACAGGCAUGGACGUAGCCGGGUGGAGGACUACGGACUAUGAAAUGAGAAAACGAUCACUUCCAGGAACUGAUUCAGUCUCUACAACAUCCAACUCCCCAUCGGAUUCCUCGUCGGCCAACGGGGAUGAACCUACGGCGGCUAAAAGGCAGCGAACAUCAUCAACACUCGGUAAGAGAAACGGAGGACAACGGCGGAGGAAAGCCCUAAAUGCAAGGGAAAGAAACCUCAGACGAUUGGAAAGUAACGAAAGAGAAAGAAUGAGAAUGCAUUCGCUGAACGACGCCUUUCAAGGAUUGCGAGAAGUGAUCCCUCACGUAAAGAUGAGCCGGAAAUUAUCAAAGAUUGAGACCUUAAUGCUAGCCAAGAAUUAUAUAAUGGCGUUAACAAACGUCGUUUGCGAUAUGAGGGGUGAAAGCCCUAUGUACGAAUUAGGUGAAACGAAAAACCAACCCGGGCUACCCUCUUCAAAGAAAGAAAAUAUAGGAAGUUAGAAGGUAUAGCUGGGUGUUGGAAGAGGACAUAAGAACAUAAUCCAAGGAUGUUUAUUUUUUUGACCAGUUAAGAAACAAAAAAAAUACAAAAAACUGCCACAAUCCUCACAAUGCAUCAAGUUGGGAAAACUUUUGCCCCCAAAAAUAAUCCUAGUGUUGUUCUUUGUUUUAUCGAAAAUGUUUUAUUUUGCGAAUCUUAAAUUUUAAAUAUGUUAUUGAAAUGACAACAAAAAACCGAAGAGAGUCCUCUAUUUAGCCAUAAUUAUGUACAGAAAAUCUGUCUGUAUAAGCUGUAUAUAUAUAGGCUGACUAUAUACUGAUUAUGUAAAAAGCGACAUAAAAUUACUUAUGUUAUUUAUCUAUCAUUAUGAAAUUGUUCUUUGAUUGUUCAUCUCUUUCAAAUUUUACAUUCUAUUGCUUUUAUUCUUAUUUUUUGAAGGCCAUUUUCUGAAAAGGUAACCGAUUUAAAAAAGGAAGAAACCUCACAUUUUAAACAUUCCAGCCAGUACGAUAAUGAAUAAGAUAUAUAUACAUGUAUUUAUAUAUGUCCUAUAUACACAUAAUAUUGUUUAUUCGCUAUUUAGACCUAACAAAAGAGCUUCCAUCGUUCCAUAACUUUAAAUAUUUCCUUUGUUUAUCAUUUUUUGCUUUGUUUUGUUCUUAGAAGAAUUUUUAUUUGCAUUCCAAGUUGUUUUCUGUGCACACCUAUUGCCUCUCAAUAGAGUCCUUGAAAAUGUAUAUAUAUAUAUACUAAUAUAUAUAUGUAUACAUAAAUAUAUAUCUAACAUAUAGGGACAUGUAUUGACAUCUAAGUUUUCCUAUGUUCUAUAUGUACAGUGCCUGCUCCAAGUUACAAUUAUACGCAUUUCAUCAUCAAAAAAUAUUUACAUAGGCGUAUUUAUCUCGAAGAGCAAGUGCUGUACAUAGAUAAACAACCAUAUAUAUAUAUAUG